GAAAAUGCUACGGUAUCAGUUACACUGUGAGUAUUAACAUAUCAAACAUCACUGUAUCACUUACAGAAGGAAAUUGAUCUAAGCAAAAGUGAUCGAAGUGCGAUUUGGCUACAAUCAACUAAAUAACGGAUAUUACUGAAAGACAAUUUAAAAAUACAAACACUGAUAAAGUGCGAAUGAUCUAACAUUAUAAAAAUGUUAACAGCUACUCGCAUUGAGCCGAGUGAGAAUUCCGCUUUUAAGAAAAUGAGCCCUACUAAAGACAGAGAUACAACAAAAUGUGAUACUGAAUUAGACAAUAUUAACAACAACAAUGACACACUUGCUGUCAAAAUGGACAAUAAUACCGUUCAGAAACUGCCAAAGAAACCUCUUGCAUUUAGCGUGGAGUCGAUUAUGGCUGGAAUCAAACCAUCUAACGCAACAGACAAUGUUCGCACAGCAGACAAUGCUCGGACAGCAGACAAUUGUGACAGUGACAGCGAUGAUAAUGAUUCAGAAAAUAGCCAUAAUAACAGUGAUGGACUUUUAAACCUCAGUCAGAACCUAAGUCCCAGAUCAAAAAGUCCAAUUUGUACUUCGAGUCCGACUAGUCCGUUAAGUCCCCUGCACGUGGGUCCUAUGUUUCUGCCCGGGGGUAUGGAAUCACAUUGGGGGCACCAUCCCAGUGGUUUAGGUGUACCGAGCUGGUUGACAGCAGCGGCAUUAGUAGGAAACAAUAGAGUACCUAGUCCUCCACUGUCGAGGAUAAACGUCAAGACAUGUCAGUUGAGGAAACACAAACCUAACCGUAAACCAAGGACUCCAUUCACCACAUCACAAUUACUUGCAUUGGAAAGAAAGUUCAGGUCCAAACAAUAUCUGUCCAUAGCCGAACGUGCUGAAUUUUCAGCUUCUUUGCAACUUACUGAGACUCAGGUAAAGAUAUGGUUCCAGAAUCGUCGAGCUAAAGCCAAACGCCUCCACGAGGCAGAACUUGAGAAAUUAAAAAUGGUCGCAAAACCUAUGCUUCCCCCACACAUCGGAGUGACAUUUCCAGCGGCCGCUGCAGCAUUCUAUACUCAACAUUUCGGACGCUCAAUGCCCCUACAACAAGUAAUGACACCCUAUGGACUCUAUGCUUCCACCCCUUCAAGUCAACCUAGUCCUUCAUCAGUUCCUCAGAAUUUAGUCAUGCCUCGGUGACUUGAAUAUGUAGCAUAGGGGUGGAAGGAUGUAUAAUAUGUACAGCAUAUUUAUAUAGUAAUUUUGUCAAUUCGUGGCAUUAGAAUAAAACAGUGGAACAUAGUUUGCAUAUUUUGUAUAUCGUCUCUCGGUUAAACUUUUGUUGAUCAGGAUACUAUAUAUACAGGGGUGGGCCAAAAAAACAAUACCCAAGUUUAAGGAUGAAUAUCAUAUGAUAUAACGUUGAACCAUGCCAUGUAUUGUAUAUCAUUUUAAA